AUGCCGUCCAACCAUGAGGAUAGCGAGGAAGAGGAGGACUACAUGUCCAUGAUCAUCGAGGAGCCCACGCAGAAGGAGACUUUCUCCCAACGGAAACGUCGGGAACAGCGCGAGGCUGAAGCUCGCGGACGAGUCCCCUCCAAAGCCGAACGCGCCGCCCAAGAAGCUGCCCGCCGCGAUGAAGCCCUGGCGAAAAGUACCCUGGAUCCCACCAACAAGGGAUUCAAGAUGAUGGCCAAGCUGGGCUUUAAGGAGGGACAGUCCCUUGGAAAACAAGAUGGGAGUUACGAGAAUAAAUCAAGUCAGCCGAUCAACCCUGUGAUGAAAGAAGGUCGUGGCGGUAUCGGUCUGGAUAGCGAGAAGAAGCGCAAGAUCCGCGAGGAGGCCGAGGAAGCUUCGAAGAAGGUUAAGCAGGAGGAAGGCGAUUAUCGCGAUCGGGUCCGUGAGGAACGCGAAUUGAAGCGCACGGAGGCGCAGGUCCGGGGGGCGCAGAAGGUGGCGGAGCGGUUGGAUACUGAGGCCGAGGAGGAGGCGCAGGAGCGUGGCGGGGAUGCAGAUGCAUAUGCAAGUGCAGGUGCAGGCCAGAACAAAGAAAAAUCAUCCGAUACCGACACCGACAAGGUCCAGGAUCACGAUCAAGAUGAGGAGAAGAAACCACAACCCCGCAACUACAAAACUACCAAAUCAAUCAACAUCCUCUACCGCGGCCUCGUCCGCGAACGCGAAGACCGCGAACGAGACAUGCAAGCCCGCCACGCAUUGCACACCUCCCUCCCCUCGUCUUUCUUCCCGAACCCGCGUCUCCCCACUUUUGCGGGAUCGGAGCUCGAGCGCGAAGAUCAGCAGGCGCUUGGCACGCGGGAUCCGCUCACGGCGGCCAUCGAGCAGGAAGUCGAUGACGAGGAUCCCGAGCUGGAUGCAUUUAAUGAGCUGGAGGCUAGCGAGCGGCUGCGGAGGCUUGUGGCGUAUCUCCGGGAAACGUAUCGGUAUUGCUUUUGGUGUAAGUAUCGGUAUGCGAGUGAGGAGGAGUUGGAGUUGUGUCCGGGGUUGACGGAGGAGGAUCAUGAUUGA